AGACUCCUCAAUGCCCUUUAGUAACCGCUGGCACAGCGGCAGCCCUGUCUGCGGGGCUGGGCAGAGGCGAGCGCGCAGAGCAGCGUCCGGGGCCCGCUGCCUCCGAGGGAUGAGAGGGUCUAAACAGACGUUUCUUAAUUUAUUCUGCAUCCUCUGGCUCCCGCUUCUCUUGACGGCUGCCUCUCCCUCCCCUCUCACCAGUGGAAAUGACCCGUCGGGCCCUUCGCUCUUCACUGGGGUGUACAAGGGACACACGUGCAUCGGCUGUGUCCUUGUGGUCUCUGUAGUUGAACAGCUUGCACAGUGGCACAACAGUACAGUAAAGGCAGCCUUGGAGAGACUAUGCAACUACAUACCUGAAGAUCUCCAAGGUUUCUGUUACCUACUUGCCGAACUUUACGGACCGCACCUAGCCGAACUCAUAGACAGGGAAAUGAAUGCCGAUGUGGUGUGCCAUUCCUUGAAGCUGUGUAAACAGGAUCCCGGACAACCGAUUUGUCAUCUCUACCCUCCUCCUAAGGAGGGGCUAAGUACUGCAAUAAGGAAAGCAAAAAGGAUUAUGAAGACUUCCAGGAACCUGAAAAGCAUCAUGGGAUUCUCAAAUUUAUGUGAUUUUCCUCUUCUGGAUAUGCUGUGCAAGAAGAUUAAAUAUGUCAUAAGAAAUAAGCUGCCUUUUGAAGAUUUUGAUGGAGAUAAAUUUAGUACCUUCCCAACUUUGAGGGGCUAUCACUGGCGAGGCAGAGACUGCAAUGACAAAAACGCCACCGUGUACCCUGGCAGGCGUCCUGAUAACUGGGAUGUGAAAAGUGAUUCUAACUGUAAUGGCAUAUGGGGGGUGGAUCCAAAAGAUGGAAUUCCCUAUGAAGAGAAAUUCUGCAAAGGUGCGGACUCUCGAGGGGUCGUUCUGCUGGGGGACUCAGCCGGAGCCCACUUCCACAUCCCUCCCGAGUGGAUGACAGUCACACAGAUGUCGGCGAAAGCAUUUGCUAAUCUCCCCAUUGCUUUCGCUGAUGAGCUUGACUGGCCGCAGUUCUCAGAGAUGACUGGAUUUCUGAACUCCACAAUUGGAGGCUGGACAGACUCUCUGUAUCUACGUUUACGCAGGAGAAAUCGCUGUAAUCACAGAGACUUGCAGAACAUUUCCCAAAAUGGUGGUUCUUCAAGAAACCUCCUGGAUUUAAUUAAAAGCCUGGCUAGAAACCAGCUGUUGGACAAUCCAACCAUAGUUGUGUACGCUACAAUCGGGAAUGAUGUCUGCAAUGGGGAACGUGACACAUUGGCUCACAUGACUACACCCAAACAAAUGCUCUCCAACGUCGUGCAAGCUCUGCAGUUCCUGAACUCCCGUCUUCCAAAUGGCAGCCACGUGAUUUUAACAGGCUUAGUAGAUGGCCGCUUUCUCUGGGAUAACUUACAUGACAGAUACCAUCCUCUAGGGCAGCUGAACAAAGAUGUCACAUACAGUCAACUUUAUUCUUUCCUUAACUGCCUGCAGGUGAGUCCUUGCAGUGGCUGGCUGACUUCCAACGAGACCCUCAGGAAUUUGACCUCAGAGAGAGCAUUACAACUCUCCAAUGUCCUAAAAGAAAUAGCAAGAUCUGAGAAAUUCAGCAACUUUGAUAUUUUCUACAUGGAUUUCCCACUGAGACAAACGGCGGCCGAGUGGCGCCGGAUGGGCGGCGAGCCCUGGCAGCUGAUCGAGCCUGUCGACGGCUUCCACCCCAGCCAGAUUGCCGCAGCACUCGGAACAAGCAUUACCUGGCAGAAGGCAUUACAUGAAUGGCCUCAAGUGCUUGGAAAGGAGAAUCCUUAUAACAACCAGAUUGAGGCUAUAUUCAGAGAUCAAGGUGGACACUGAUUUCAAAACUGCUAGAGCCCUACAGCACAUUUACGGUGAUGCUUCUCAGUGCAUUCCAGGAAACAAGAUGAUUAAAGACAGAAGAAGAUGAGAGAGCAUACAAGACAUCAAAGUCGGACUGCUUCUUCCCCCGAAUAGCAGUACAAAGAGCCAGUGAGGAUAGCACAACAGCACCCUUUUCAAUGUUGUAUCUUAGCUACAAAGUCUGCCACCUCUACAAGCAGGCCAUGUUUUUGCUGUGGAGCCACAAAAAUAAAAUCACAGGGUGCCUGUGAGCCAGGCCACUUAUUGUACUAGUUUGCAAAUCCAUAACUUGUUCUACUUAUGACAAAUUCCUAGCCCUACCUCAUCUUUUUUUUUUUUUUUUUUUUUUUUUUUCCUGCAAAAGCAUCUUUCUGGGCUUUCCAUUUAUACUAUUUCAACAGUUAAUCUGAUCCCAAAAGGGGAAGAAAAAAACCCAAACUCAUUAUGUUGCUCUAAACUGUGUAUAUGUAGUUGCCCUGACUGUCAAUACAUUAUUUAGCUGCUAUUUGCUUAUUAAAACGUGCUAGGAAUAACAAGGCACCAGAAUUUUGAUUUGCCUGCAGUAUUAGUUCAGCCUGACUGUGCACAGGUUCUUUUCUCCCACCAUUAACAAGACAGUAACUUGACAACCCUUCAUGUAUCUACAAUAGGUUGCUUUUUAAAGCUUUAAUACAUUUUUAGUCUCUUGCCUCAGAACAAAUGCAAUAGGCCCAGUCCUGUGCCUUUUACAGAUAUGACCUAGAGAAUCACUGAAGCUGAUGAGCAAUCCUUACCUGCACUACUUUACAUGUAGAACAGAGAGUUCAGAAUGACUAGGAGUUCUUUGAUCAGCUUACCCAAGGAGGUAAAGGGAGGAAGAAAUUAAAAAUUAGAGAGAGCUCUACCCACUGCAGCCCUAAUGGUGAUAAAGCAUUUGUAUCUUUCCUAUUAUCAGGCAAAAUACAACUGGCACUAACCACACUUGGAAAAAUCUGGUAAAUGCAAAGUGUUCACACAACACAACUAAAAUCCAUCUAAACUAACCAAAGCACAAACUUGGUCAGCUCCUUGCUCUGAAUUUGUCCAAUGCUUAAGGCACUGGGUAUCUUCACAUAUGAUCCACCUUGUAGUUAAAAAAAUAAAUAAGAUGGCCUGGCCAUACACAGACCCGCGCACACUGGCCACUGGAGAUGCAGCUGAUCAAUAUUUUGAAUGGGCAGAGGGUGACUUGCAAGCCCUGUCUUGAUUGAAGAGUGUAUUUUGCUAUCCUAGGUCCUUAAUUUUUAUUGGUGCAGGCACAACUGCAUCUUUUAUUAGAUAAGAGUACCUCUGGGACAACUAACAUUUGAGGAAACAUUCAAGUCACCUAACCUUAGGAAACCAAACGGGAAUACACACCUUAACAGAAUGACACUUACUAAAAAGGCUUCAAUUCAUUCAAGGCAUUUAGAUGCCACCAAAAUAUCAGCUAUCCGCCAGGAAACAGUUUCAGCUCUACAGAAGCAUGUCUCAGGAAGACAGUAUUGAAAGUGGGAGAAAGAAGCCUACCUGCUUCCUGUACAACUUCUCGCUGCCAAGUAGCAUAACAUUCAAUACACAUGGGCCAGGUGGAACAUCAUAUAACUAUUUCUUUACCUAUUUAGACUUCCUAUCUUUCAUUAAAAAUAGGAAAAGAACAAAAAAACCAAGAGCAUCCAUGUGAUUUUACUACAGACCAGGAACAGAGACAAUUAUACAAUCAGAUCAGAUAAUUUCUAAUACACCAAAGUUUGGAAGCAUAGCAAUUAAAGGCAGGGGGAGGGGAGACAACAACACUGUGUUUAGCAGCCAAAUUUCCAGGCAAUCCCACUGCAAAUUAUUGUAUUCCAUUUGAGGUUCAGCUUUAAUAAUUCCAAUUAGGAGUUUUAUAAGCUAGUAAAACUGAAAUUUCCUCAGCUAAAAUAGGCUUCAUGGCCCAGAGCAGAGUAUGUUCCAUUUUUAGACUUUUUCUUUUAUGUGAGCAUCUUGAAUUUUUGAACAAUGGAAAAAAAGUUUCUUAUGAAAUUGAAAUGACUUGUUCUCAAUUAAAAAAAAAAAAAAAAAAAAGUACCUGAAUCCCAAGGCUCUUAGAUUUACCCUAGCAGUAUAAUUACUCGAUAUUUGAUGCAGUAAGAGUUUUUGAGGGAUUUCAUGAAAUGGGUUUACCACUGGUGACAGAGCACCAGCCAAACUAUUUUCUCACUCCUCAGAGCAAUCCCUGCAGUUCAGCACUAAAAUUAGGCUGUACACAGCAACUUGAUCUGUAACUAAUGUUACAACUACUUGUGAAUAAAAAUGAUUUUCUGGCCUAUUAUGCCAUCACCUUUACAA